AUGGAGCUUAAUGAGAUAAGAUGUUCUAUGCCUCCUCUUGUUCAGUCCAGAUUGAAUGAGGCUGAUCAUGUUAGAUGGACUCUCACAUCCAAUGGCCAGUUCUCAAUUGCCUCCUUAUGGGACAAAUUGAGAACUUUCGUUCCAAGGGUCAUGUGGCAUAAGUUAGCAUGGUUCUCAGGCCACAUCCUGAAAUGUAGCAUUGUCACAUGGAUAGCUAUUCAAAAUAGGCUUUCCACUGCUGAUAGACUUGUGCUAUUUGGUCUUAAUAUUUCUCCUCAAUGUAGUCUAUGUCCAGGGGGGGAGAGCCAUGAUCAUCUUUUAUUUAACUGCCCUUUCUCUCAACAAGUGUGGGGUGCCAUCCAAACCAAGCUUCAUGUCUCUUGGCCACCUAGAUCAUGGGAUGACUGGGUCACUCUUUUGUCAGAUGUCAAGGGUAAAUCACGUAGGACAUUGAUCACCAAACUGGUCUUCACUAUAGUGGUUUAUUAUAUCUGGAUUGAGAGAAAUGUUAGGAAAUUUCAAAAUCUUUCAUGUACUUGGGAGGUAGUGUUCAGAAAAUUUGCUCUAUGGUUAGGGCCAGACUUUUAUCACUUCACAGUUGUGAUUGGUAGCUCUACAAGGUUGGACCUGGGGGUGUUACAAUUUCUUCUAAUUCCAUAG